UGACUCAUGUCGCUCCACAUCUACAGGUUUACGAUCCCUAAACUCUGUUACCUAAUCCUUCAGUCGUCAAUUCUGUGAAAGAAAACAGUUUAACGUUGUCAUGUAAAUGGCCGAAAUCGAUCUUUAACUACCAGCUUGGGGCGAUAUCUCUAUUAUAGCUCGCCUUCCAGUUCCCCAAAGCGCUGGCCGGGCUUCUAGAGGUUCAAUUGAUUUGAUCUCCUACCUAUUGCAAUGGAACUGACUACACACGAGCGACAAGGCAGGCAAUGGUAUAGUCGGCCUGGGGGGAUUUACCCAGUGUCCAGAAUCACUUCGUCAGUGGCAUCUUCUUAGAAGGAUUCUUCAGAGCUCUCCAGGACUUCUUCAGAGAAGUGCCAAUGUCCCAAUGAGCUUAUCUAACCACGAGGCUGACAGUGAAUGCUGGCUCGGUCCGCCGGGCGUAUUACAGCAGCCGCUUACCGUUUGAAGACGUCUAUCAUUGUCCAUUUCCUCAUGUCGGGAUCGUUGCUGGUCUCUCGGGCGAUCAACGUGAUGACGUUGCCGGGACAUCGUGGGAGACGGACGUGUGUCGGAAUGUCCCUCGUUCUGGACACUACCUUACGUGUAGCAUUGAGGUAGAAUUGACAGUAAUUGGAGAUCCGAGCUGCGGGAACGGUGGUACCAUGCUAGCAGACCAUUAUAAGGACUUACUGAGAUCCGGCAUCAACGGAAUCCGAUUGCGGAAGAUGACAAUCUUCUCGUAAACACUCAGUUCCUGGGAAUAACAGAUUGGCUUGAAAGGUCACAAAAGGAAUACAUUAUUCUUGUCGGUUUUCAAUGUGUACAAAGUUUGGAUUUAUUUUCUCUACUAUAAACAACAACAACAACAACAACAACAAAACCCGAAAUUGAAGUUUCAUGGACAAAUUAAACUCGAACAGCAGCGGGAUAAGACGAAGCUAAAUGUUACUUGUUAACCGCAAAUCAAAGUGAGAUCGAUUCUAACAAUCUUGAAAAUUGAUACUUAAGCUAACUUCAGUAAAAAAAACGUUUAAAGGACGUAGUGAAAUUGACAACACGCUACACUAUUUGUACAAUGUAAUCACGGUGGAAAGAAUUCUGAUUGAAUUUAUUACCGUUUUGGCCAUGGAGCCGUGAUCUGUUUGUCCUGUGCACGUAGGUGUAAGGAGACACUAUUUCCUACUUUUACCUAUUCAAACACUGUCAAGGCCACACCGUUGUGAAGUGGGGGAGUGCUGUUGACGAUUCACUGUGAACUUCCCCUCCCCACCUCCACAAGUUGACGCGGACUGGUUUCUCGUCGUGUGCUGGAUGAAGUAUCGAUCGACCACUGCGCUAUAUACUACUCCAUGCACCGCUUCAGUGUAUUUUUCUUCUGAAUUGGACGAUGAACUUUUCCAACCUAGUCUCGUCGGAGGGUCUCACAAGCCGUUUUAGCGAUACUGUUUUGCCCGCACAGACCAACGCUACCCCCCUCGUGGCCCGGGGGGUCGGGCCAGUGAUUCACGACGUCGCCACGGAGAACAUAACCGUAGGAAGGAUACUAACUGGGGUUACCUUAUUCUGUAUAAUACUUCUGACGAUCGCGGGAAAUGUGUUGGUGCUCGUGGCUGUGUCGUCCAACAAGAAGUUGCGGACCGUCUCCAACUUUUUCAUUGUGUCGUUAAGCUUUGCGGACAUACUGGUCGCCACUAUGGUCAUGGUGCCUGCUACAAUGAACGAAAUAUUUCAAAAAUGGAUACUUGGGAACGGCUUCUGUUCAAUAUGGGCGUCGUUUGACGUAAUGCUGUGUAGUGCAUCAAUCCUAAACGUGUGUCUGAUAAGUCUGGACAGAUACCUCGCUAUAAUGACACCACUUCGUUACAACGCUCUGAUGACACAUUCAAGAGCUUUUCUUCUUCUGUCUUCAGCCUGGACAAUCGCCAUAUGUACAUCCUUCGUUCCAAUUCAGAACGGGUGGCACAACCCGGAUCUUCCAUCGCUAGAAAACUUGACAAUCUUUAGUGCUGAACCCCAAUGCAUCUUCAUCGUCAGUCUCCCCUACGCCUUGACAGCCUCCACGGUUACCAUUCUGCUUCCAAUAAUCAUUGCCUUCGUGUUGUAUUACCGAGUCUCCAAGGAAGCCAAGAGACAAGCAUUCUUUGUGGGAACUCUCAUAGCUCCGAGUCAUGUUCUCCUGGGCAAGGAUGUCUCCAACAAGUCCUUAAGAGAACCUUUCACCAGGAAGGCCACAGUGACCUUGGGGGUGAUAGUCGGAGCAUAUGUCGUUACCUGGGCUCCCUUUCUAGUGUGCAACAUCACAGACGCUUUCUGCAGGUGCAUACCGCCAAAAGUCUUCACGGGAUUUGUGUGGUUGGGGUACUGCAAUAGUUUGAUAAACCCAAUUAUUUACCCGUUAUUCAUGCGAGACUUCAGGAAAGUGUACAUUAAGCUUCUCCAGGGAUGUUGUCCUCGGUUAUCUUUCCUCAAGAAGGCUUCAAAAGCAACGAUGCGACACUGAACCAGAUGAGCACGGAUGUACACUGCCCUAACACUUACGUGAUUGAAACUGUGACGGGAGAUCGUGUAAUCGCUACACUAACCGGUACACUAUCGGACAUGACCAGUAACCCUGACUGUCGUGUCAGUCAUAUUGUGAUACCUCGAUUGUGCUCAUUCUGGCGACCUCGUCAGUAAACAAAUCAGAAUGUUCUGGAUAUACCUCGGAGGUACGAUGCAUAUCGCGCGUGUCACACAGGAAGUAUUCCAUUCAUUUACGUAUUUCAUGUUCAGUGUCACAAGUCUUGUGGAUCGUAGUAUGUACCGGCAAUUACACUCUCCGGGGCUAGCUCAGAGUUCGUUACAAAUUAUUUUGUUAGCGAAUAUAGUGACAGAUAAUGAUUUUGGCAUCGUUGAUAGUUCCAAUACCUGCAAUUAUAAUUGCUUGAGAAGUCCCAGCUCAAAGAGACAUACUGUUCGGUGCCUGUGUAACUGUGAGAUGUGCGACAUACGGGUAGAAAUGCGUUCAUUGCUUUGACUAUCUAUAGUAGUACAAGGUGCAGUUCGUGACAUCUCAGUUUGUAGUAAAGAUACCAACUUGAUGGUUUGAUUUUUAUAAAAGAUAUAGAUACGAUUUAACUAAUUUCGUAUUUUCAACAAAGUGAAUAGCAACGAACGAAGUUUGAAAAUACCUCUCCCUUAAAACUUGCGGUUUGGUGAAGUACUUUUUAAAAUUGAAAUAGUUUUAAAUAUUACGAUUUUCAGCGUUAUUAUCAAGCAGUUCGUUAUGCUACUGAUUCUAAAAUAUGAAAUUAAAUUCAGGCAUAAAGAGAAUUGUAAAUCAUAAUGUAUCGCCAUGAGGUACAUAGCGAGUACUUCUUACGGAACAUGUUGUUGAAGUCCGGGGUAUGAUGAGGGCCUCCACUGCUUGUAUACUAAUCAGGAGACAACUUGAAAUGGCUGACUGUUAGGGCUUAUAUUUUCUAAAUUCACAUAUUUUGUAUUAACGUGGUUAUUUUACAAACGAGUGAAAAGCGUUGAUUUUACGAACUUCAAGAGUAAUUGUUAGCGAGAGAGUAACUAGUCCGUGUCUAGCGAUGGUAUUUAACCAUGUCUUCAGUUUGUCAUUGGUAAACGUUCGCUGUGAAAACAAAGAAACCUUUCAUGGAAACCUCUCUUGAUAUGUUUAAGCAUUACCUAUACAUUUAGAUUUGUGGGUGAAAACGCGUGAAUUUAAAAGGAUAUAGUCUAUUUAUCAUUCAUAUGAACACAUCUUAUAUUUACUAGUAUAUAGCGAUUUCAAAUAGUGUUUGCUCACUUCUUAAUACGCAGAUCUUGUUGACCCACACGGCUGCUCUUGAUAUUUUGUCCGUUACACUAAUCGUUCUGAAACACGUAUAUUGAAUGUUCCUGGAUAAGGGGGCCAAACCCAACACGCAUUGACUGCCUUCUAUUUGGAACAUGAUGUAUCCCCAAUCAAAUUUCGUGACGGCGUCAUAUAUUUCUUAAAUCUGCUUUUUUAAAGUGAAUAAAUAGUGUCAUACGUUGGUUCCGGUAAUACCCCAGCGUAAUGACCUGAAAGGGCUCCCAGCUUUGCACCCUUGUGGGGAUCGAACCCAUGUCAUAGGCGUGACGAAUGAACGCCCAGUCUGCUUCUCAGCUUCCGUCAAAGUAUACAUGUUCAAUACGUAGACAUCGGUGAAUGUAUGUGAUAGGACCAUCUGUUUCGGGUCAAAAACAAGAAAUGAUGUAUUUUCAAAAUUUGACUGAUCGUGGCAAAAACGUGUCAGAUACAAAUCCCUAUUUUGUGUGGUACCGUAUGCUCCUGUGUUGGUCUGGGUGAAGUCUUGACCCGCUUGUGUAUAACCGACCCAGGAUGAUGGGAAUGAAACACUCACCGUUUGAUAGUGUUUCAUAAACGCAUGCUUAUGAUAGAGUCGGAAUCGUUCAUCUGACUUUCCAUUAUCAAAGCUUACAGGAUUUCCGCGAUAUAAAUUAAAAAUGCGUAGUCUCGAUAUCAAGUUCUGGAUAAUACAUGAAUGCUAUUGUAGUUGCCCCACAACUGUCCGAGUGAAUCAGAACAUUAGCAUGGGUCAUGCUGACAGGUAACGAUGACAUUGCAAUGUGCUCAGGCGAAAUGGAUACCGUAAGCCUGUCCUGCUGUGGACACCAGUUUCGUGCCAUCGUGUUGGAGGUGUUUGUAGUAUAUCAGAGUUGUGGUGAACAGUAUUAUUGUCCUCUUACUGCUGAACAACAUAUUUCCCAAAA